AUGCGUCUCCUGCUGCCACUAUCGUUUGCUGGCGUCGCCGUCGCUGGUUGCGGCAACGAGACCUGCGCGGCUACAACGCUGCAUCUCACUGACCAGCCAUAUCAAAACUACUUUUACUCUGAUUGCCAUGUCAAUGCGCAGGUAGUCGUUACCAGCCCUCAGCCAGAGAGCAAUCUGAGCAUCAUUGGCCCGAGACUGGUUGUCGCCUGGCCUGCUGGCAACAGCGGCGUAUGCGCAUUCUUCCAACCUCAGAACGGCAAGAAUGGCACGCUGGGCAUUGAAAUGGUCAAUUCGACACUGGGAUCGCCCAUUGGGCCAGUCUACCACGAAUCGGGAUCCGACAAGCCUCCCGUCGCCGGCGUGGAGGGCGUCAUGUGGUUCAACAGCUCGGCCGAGCUGUCGCUAGCUAUCCUUGGCAGCGUGCGCACUAUUCGUGAUUUCGUCGAAGGGCCCAGCCUUUUGAACCCAAUGAUUCAAAGCGCCGUCCACGUCUCGCCAUACAAGAAACAUGGUGCGGCUGUUACGCGUCUAUGGCUAGACAAUGUCACCACCACCACCUUGACGCUGGAGCCAUGGAAGCAAGAUUGCGCGGCGCGCGUCACCGUGGAAAAUGGCACCGUCAAGUUGGCUGCAGGCCACUACAAGGUCGCGGCGUCGUUCAAUUACCCGCAGCUUAAGCAGCUCACACCGCAAGAGAUCCUGAACGACAACGCACAGGACCUCAUCACCAAGGACCGAGAGCAGGUCAACGCGCUGUCUUUCUUUUCGUACUCGGACAAGCUUCUCGCAGGUGGCUGGCGCUUCCUGACAUACUUUGGACGAGACAGCAUGAUCUCCGCGCUUCUCAUGCAACCCAUUCUGCGCACGGGAUCUGGAUCGGCCAUGGAAGCUGUGAUUGGCGCCGCGCUGGAGCGAAUCAACAAGACAGACGGCAGCGUGUCUCAUGAAGAGACAAUCGGAGACUACGCCACCUUUCUCAACCUGCAGCGCAAUCUGACCUCCACGGCUGCUGGUUUCACAUACCAGAUGAUCGACACGGACUACUACUUGCCUGUGCUGAUGGACCGCUACUUCAAACAGUCGGCAGAUCGCGUGGGUCCCUUGCUUAAGACAGAAGCUGGUCUGGUGGACGAGGAAAACAAGAACAUGACUUGGGGUGAUCUGAGCUAUACGCUGGCGCAGAAGAUUAUGAACAUUACUGCGCCGUUUGAACAGGAGCAGUCUGUGGCCAAUCUGAUUCAUCUCAAGGAUGGUGAGAGCGUUGGCCAGUGGCGCGAUUCGAACCGAGGACUUGGAAACGGACGAAUCCCAUUUGAUGUGAAUUGUGCGUUGGUUCCAGCGGCCCUGUCUGCUAUUGCAUCGCUUGCGGCUGUAGACGGCGUCUAUCCCAAGAACGAUGUCACCGCGACAUGGGCUACGGCUGCUGCAAAGCGCGCUAAAGUCUGGGAAGACAAGACUCUCGCUUUCUUUGAGCACGACACCUCGGUAAAGGAUGCUACCUCCCUCCUGGACAACUAUGUCUCCAACAACACGUACUACCACGGCCCGUCCAACGGCGAAUCGCUGGCUACAUACUCCAAUGGAUCUAUCCACGACUAUGCAAUCUCCAUUAAGUCACCUACCGAUGAUAGUCUUAUCAAGAUUACACAUACGGACACGGCAUUCCGCAAUGUGCUUCUCAACACCACGAAUGACGAGCAGCUGACGGCAUUCAUCAACUCGUCGUCGAAUGCUAUCCUGCGCCCGUUCCCCGCGGGAUUGACGACUUCUGUGGGCGCCGUUGUUGCAAACCCGUCGCUCUCCGAUAGCCCAGAGCUGAUUGCCAACCUUACCAAUGCUGCCUAUCACGGCACAGUCGUCUGGGGAUGGCAGCUGGCUCUCGUGGCCCGCGGUUUUGAAACACAGCUCGCCAGAUGCACGGGACCAGAUGCCAACGGAUUCACACCGGCAUUCUGUAAAGACGACACUGUCCGUGGUGCCCUCAAGGCAGCUUAUAACAAGCUAUGGGACGUUAUCGAGGCGAAUACGCAGCUGCUUCAGUCUGAGGUGUGGUCGUGGACGUUUCCUAACAACGGAACCGACGACAACGGAUUUAAACAAGUCCCGCUGGGUGUUUUACCUCCUCCUCCCGGUGAGGGCGGUGGUACAGAGAGCGAUAUCAGACAGCUUUGGAGUCUGGUGUUUUUGGCGAUUCAGCGCAACAAGGCCUACAGUACAUAGGAGAGUGAGAAGUAAGAACAUGUUAAUACGUUUCGUAUAUGAAGUAGCAGUAUGCUAUAAUGCUUUAAUAAAAAGGAAAUGCUACCG